AUGAGCACCGAGAACGAAGUAACUGUUCAAAUAUGUCAUCAACCCAUUGAUUUAGAAUUUCAAGAUUUGACAUUAACUCGUAACGGAAAAUAUGGUCUACCUUCGAGACAAAUCCUUAAGGGUGCUAAUGGUAGAUUCAAACCAGGGAGGUUGACAGCUAUUCUUGGACCCUCUGGAGCUGGAAAAACUUCACUUUUGAACAUUUUAACUGGUUUUAGAACGACAGGAGUAAAGGGUAGUGUUAGAGUCAAUGGUAGGGAAAGAAAUUUGCAAGUAUUUAGAAAAGAAUGCUGUUAUAUUACUCAAGAAUUUGCUAUGCUAGGCCUAUUGACAGUUAUGGAAACUUUCAAAUCCACUGCUGAUCUCAAAUUAGGCAAUAAAGUUAGCGAAGAAAAAAAAUACUCCAUUAUUUCAGACAUAAUUGAUAUUUUGGGACUUUCAUCUUGCAUAAAUACACAAGUGAGGCAUCUAUCUGGAGGAGAAAAAAAAAGACUCUCUAUCGGAUUAGAAUUGAUCAGCAAUCCUCCAAUUAUGUUUUUCGAUGAACCUACCAGUGGUCUCGAUAGUUCAUCAUCAGUUCAAGUUAUAUCUCACUUAAAGACUUUAGCAAGAGGUGGUAGAACAAUUGUCUGCGUAAUACAUCAACCAAGUUCUAGAAUUUUUGAAAUGUUUGAUGAUUUGUAUAUUUUGGUCGAUGGUCAAUGUAUGUACAAUGGUCCAAUUGAUGACAUGGUACCUGUAUUAGAGCAAUCUGGAUUUAAAUGUCCAAAAUAUUACAAUCGAGCUGAUUUCGUCAUUGAAGUUGCUUGUAAAGAAAGAGGAGAAAAUUUGGAUGCGUUAUUCACAUUAGCAAAUAAAAAAAUAAUGGCCGAAAGGCUAGAAAGAAAUAGUAGUAAAUCUAGUAAUUACCAAAGAAGUGAAUCUGAUACAAAUUCUGGAUUCAUACACGAACAAGGUAAAUUUAUAUAUAUAAGAACAAAACUUGAAAAUAAAUUUUUUUUUUACCAUGGAAAAAAUCUCAAUACGAAAAUUCAAAUAAUUCCAAUGGAUCAAAUUAGUCAAAUUUCGAAUAGGAGGAAAAAAGUUAAAGAAAUAACAGCAAAAUAUCCAACACCAGUUUUACUACAAUUUUGGAUUUUACUUAAAAGAACUUUUUUAUGCAGUUGCAUACGUGAUUUGCACAUGGCACAGAUUCGAGUGGUAGCUCAAGUUGUAGUCGGUCUUUUAAUGGGCACAGUUUUCUACAACCUAGGGAAUGAAGCAUCGAAAGUUCAAAGCAAUUCAUCUUUUUUAUUUUUUUCUCUCAUGUUUAUUUUUUUUUCCAAUUCCAUGCCAACAGUUCAAACUUUCCCAUCAGAAGCAGCAGUUUUCAUCAGAGAGCAUUUAAAUAAUUGGUAUUCAAUAAAAGCUUAUUAUUUUUCAAAAUUAAUUGCGGACUUACCCCUUCAGAUGUUUUGUCCAUCCGUGUACUUAUUAAUUACUUAUUUCAUGACGGAUCAACCUCUUAAUUGGGAUCGAAUAGGAAUGGUUCUUUUAUUAGGUUUUACCGUAACGAUAAUGGCUCAAGCUUUGGGUCAUGCUUUUGGAGCAGCAUUCGAUGCUCAGUUGGGAACCUUUUUGAUUCCAGCAUCAGCGAUUCCAAUGUUUUUAUUUAGCGGAUUUUUUAUAUUGUUAAGCGAUUUGCCUCCUUGUUUAAAUUGGUUAUCCUACGUUAGUUAUUUCCGGUAUCCUUUCGAAGGUUUAAUGUUAGCCAUUUACGGUCACGGACGUCCUCAUUUAAAAUGUUCUCUCCCAUACUGUCAUUAUAAAAAUCCAGCAAAGUACCUAAACGAUUUAGAUUUGGGAGGAGGGAAUUUUUGGAUCGAUAUUGGUGGAAUCCUCGGAUGGAUAAUAUUUCUUAGAAUAGUAUUUUAUUGCAUAUUAAAAUGGAAACUUUAUAGAAUUCGUGGCUAUUGA